GUUUUGAAUAAUGGGUUAAAGCUUAUAUCAAGAAACAACUGUCACACUGUUUAGACAGCUUGAAAUGAAGUUUUCACUAUGGAGCUCAACACAAUUACACAAGCCCAAUCUGUCAGCCUUCCAUCAAAAUUUUGGGGAUCAGUUACUUCUGAGUCUCUCUCUGGCUGUGAUAUUGAGCUGUUGGACUGCUGUUCCCUUUCUGGAAGUGCAGAGGCUAAGAGAACCUACCAUGAUUUGGAUUUUAACCAGGUAAAACUUUGGGAUUGUCAAAUAAACAAUCGGUGCGUUGCUUCCAUAUUUCCGCAACUUAUGCACAGCACAUUGAAGUUAACUGAUUCGAACCAGGGAUUGGAAGUUAUAUCAUUUAAUCUCGGGAUUUUGAAUCAUGUGCAGGGUUUUGAAUUCAUUAAUUCUUGCCAAGUCAUGGAUUUAUGAUCUGUCCUCUCUGAGAUCACUGUCUCCACAAGAUUGGGUAAAUAUGUCGGCAUGCAAACAGUAAGUUUUUGUGAUUCCUGCUUGACAUGUCCCAGUAAAUUUACACAGGUAUGCAUCCUCAGAUAUUUUAAUUUUUUUUUACUGCUGGGAAUGAUUGGUAGCUAAGCCCUGAAUGUGUAACAUU